AUCAAUUCCAACAUAGAUUCGACACUUAACUUUUGACACAUAAUUAUCUACUUCGCGAAACCUCGACAUCACCCUAUCAAGUACUAUUCUUGUAUGAAAUCCGGCGACACUAAUUAUCUCAUUAUCUCAUUACCAAAAUAUCUGGUCAAAUGCGCCGCCUUCUGAUUCCUCACCCACCUACGUGAUCGAACAACCAUCGAACGCGAUCGCGCUGCGACUGAAUUAUGCCGGCAUCAUGGACAUCGCCAACGCGUCAGAUCCUUCCCAGAAGCUUGGCGCAGCAAAUAACACUCCUAUCGCCGACUUAAAUCCAGAACUUUCGAACCCAGCGUCUCGUGCUGUCCGUGGUGUUGUCACUAUCACUUGGCCCUACAGCUUCGUGAAAGGCACCUUUUCAUUCGUUCUCGCCGAGCCUGAUUUUCGUCUUCGUCGAAAUAAAGGACAAGUUCGCGUCAAUUUGACGGGCGCAUCUGCUAAGGCUGCCAGUGAGAGUGGAUUGAGUAGUAGUGAUGAGGUCAUCGUAAGCUUGGAUGGUGCCGAAUGGGAGCCGGAACAAGUUAAGAAGCGCCAGAGUCUGCCAGGCGCUGGGGUUGAUUGGCAGUUGAAGUUCUCUGAGAAGCUUCUGCUUCAGGUAAUGAAUGACGUCUCGCCAGCAGAACCCGAACCCCGAGCUGAAACGCCGCCGGUCGAGACGAGCCAUGUGGACGAUUUUCCGACUGAGAAUCUUGAAACGCUCACACCACCUAGCAAGACACAUAUUGCAAGAAUGAAAAAUGGCGAAUUCGAGUCGCCAGCUUUCAUUAAGAGAGCACGAAUGUCGUAUGGGUCCCUAUUCGAAGAUGGAUAUGAUAUAUUUGAAGAGGAUGGCGGGGUGAGAGGAAGAGGAAGAAAGAGAUCGAGGUUUGGCCGUGAAAGUGGUGCAUGGAAAUAUGCCAGCCAAUCUCCUAGCCCUGAGCCAGCCUUACCUGAGAACUAUGAUAGUUCGCCACCAAGACCAAGUAUGACCGACGAAGGAUGCCAAACUAUGGAGAUUGACUUCCCUAUGCCCUCACCUAUUCCUAUUCACAUAAAUUCUCAUCUGGGUACAAAUGCUGAGGAAGCGCAACUGAACCCGAAUCUAACGCCGAGAGAAGAACAAGUUGCUCAGCCCCGACAAGGUAUGGUGGAUCACGGCGUCCAAGGGGCCUUCCACACUGAGUGGUCGACUACGGCACCUGCGCAGCUCCCACCUUUUGUCCCUAGCGAAGGGCUUCCUGAUGAUGGCUCCGAGUUGCCUGUAUUUCACCAUACCGAUCAAUUUCAUACUGGCAGCAAUGAUUUCCACCAAGGCUGGGACCCUAGAUCUGUGGAACUUCCUCCUACAACCUAUCUGCAUGCUGCCGAGCAACCACUACCUAGUGAUUUUGUGGAUGGAUAUGAUAGUCACAGACCUGAUAGGCUUAGUGUUAUGAGACCUGAGAGCCGUACGCGCUCGCCAAGUGAACCCAGCAAUCUCGCCAUUGACCCUACUGAACAAACUCUCGGCGGUCUUCCGAGUGAUGAGCAGAAUUAUCCACUUCAAGGUCUCCCGCAAACCACCGCUUAUCCACCUUUAGACCUUGAGAAUGAGGAGCAAACUAACUCGAUAGAAGGGGCACAUCUUGACUAUCCUACAUCAUAUCUAGAUGAGAGUCGGUCUUUCUCCCAAGAACCUAUCACUGUCGGGACAACCCCAUUCGGCCCCGGCGUUCCAGCAGCGGUGGACGCAGGAUCAUCUUUAUGGACUACGAUCAAUGACCCACCUCAAGUCACUGCGAUGUCAUCGACUGAUCGACUUGGUAGUACCGAGGGCGAGUCAAUAGAUAACGCAGUUGUCAUAGACGAGAGUGAUUCGGAUGAUGACCCACCGCCUCCAGUAGUUGCAGAAGACAUAGGUAUCAAGGGUCAUGCUGACGAUUUGAACAUGUAUGAGGAGGCAGACGCUGAAGAUCGAGUCGACGCCGACUAUUCGGAAGACGAGGAACCGGAAUAUGAGGCGGACGAAAUUGGCGGUGAUUAUGAUACAAGAAAUUAUACAGCCCCGGAUGACGACGAGGAUGAUAGCCACGACGAAGAUUUGCGACCGCAUCGUCUGGAACCCGAGUUUGACGAUGGUCGAAGUUGGGAAGGGGAAGGAGAAGAAGAUGAGGACGAAAUCGAAGAGGAAAUCGAAGACGAGGACGCAGAUCGUCACGAUUACGAUAGUGAAUAUGAUAUGGAUGAGGAUGAUGCGGAACUUCAACCAUCGCCUCUACCUAUGUCACAAUCGACACCUCAGGUUAUUGACCUCAUUUCAUCAUCGGAGGACGAAAGCGAAGAUGACGCAGUUAACCAGCCGCAGCCACUAUCUAACCUAACUAAUAAUACUGGACUACGAAUUCAACCGGAAUUUAUACCGAGUAACAUAUCAGCCGAAUCAAUUGCACAGGGCGGGCAAAGUGAAAGUGAAGAAGACGAGGGUGAUGAAGCUGAUAUUGAAGCUAAUAUUGAAGAUGAGAGUGAUGAUGAGGAGGAAGAUAUGGAUGAUGAAAUGCAAGAUGACAUCUCGGCUCAUUCAUCUGACGAGCUAGAACCCGAACAACCAUUCAGCGAAGAAGAUGGUAUGACGGAGUUCUUAGAAGAGCGUGCUGUUGCGGUAGAAAGUUCUGAAGACGAAGAUAUCGAAAUGUCUUCUAAUGCGGAUCCUCAACCGAACUCCACUGUAGCCGAAAAUCCGCCUAUGAACGAUUUUUCUGCGGACCAAAGAGGACCACCCCAGCUUAGUAGGGCAGAUUCUAUCUUGGCUGGAGAGGAUGAUGGCGAUGACAGUAUAAAGGACGCUAAGGCUGAAAAGGAUGAAGUUAUGGCUCCACAAACUGCGGCUGAGGGACUCGAUAUUUUAAGCCGAGUAGUAGAAAGUGAAUCGAAGGCCAACAGUGAGUUAGCAGGACUCGAAACCAUGCGCGACGAUAUCGUUAUUACUUCCACGACGUCACAAGCUUAUGAAUAUACAACGGAUCUAGCGCAAGGCGCAGUGGAGCAGGGUGAAUAUGAGACUCGAGACACCCAGCAAGACGAGGAGCCAGUCGAGCUAUUGCCGAAUGGUAUCUCGGAUUCGCAACCUGUGGAAUUAGAUGAAAAUAGGCAAGCUGAAUUUGCUGCGCCAUUGUCUCCUUCCUUGACACAUCCACUCGCGCAUCAACUUACCGAUGAGAAAAUGUCGGUCGCCGCGAUACAGGAGACUACCACAAGUACAGAGUCCCAAAUACCACCUAAUCAGUUUCCAACACCCCAAGACACCCAAGCAAUGGGGGAUGUCACAAUUCUCGAACCCCCAGUUGGUGAUUUAAUGGAGGUCGACACAAUUAGUGAGGUCAAUAACGCAGCCGAGCUCGUGAAGGAUACUAUUCAUAAUAUUCCAUCUUCAACUCAGCAAUCAUUCGACGUGGAAGAACCUUUGGCAGUUGUGGAGGAUGUUUCAAUCCAUGUUGAAAAAUCACACGCGGACUCCACCUCAGCUUCACGACAGCAGACCCCCCUCGAGGACGCUGAAGGAAAUAGCACGCCUCUUAAUAACUCACAUGCCUCGUUAAGUUUCCAGACUCAGGUCAGCGCCGAUGAAAUGGCACAAGGGAGCUUCAUUGAGUCUACUUCUCAGAUUACGAGUGAGCUCGAGGCAAGAACCGAUGCACACUCAGAACUCGAAGUCGAUGCACAUGGUGCUGACGUGUCGUUUGCAACGCAGAUGGACGAGGAAUUGCAAGCUAGUAUCUUGGAAUAUUCUCAAGAGUUUGAGGAAGUUGCACAUAUCGAGACGCCGAAUGAACAUGAGAUUGGCAAUGAAUCCGAUAGUUACGACGACGAAGAUAACAUCACUGAUAAUGAAGACGAGACUCACUUGGACUCUGAGUUGCGGGAUCUGGUCUCAAGAGGUCCAUCACCAGAGCUUGGGAACCAGAUCGAAGAGCGACAGGGAACUCGGCAAACUAUUUCAAUGGAGGAAGUUGAUACUCCUGAAGAAGUAUCACAAGUAGACCCGAGUGUGCAGCUUGCGCGAGCUGCAAACACCUCUAAGCGACAGCCAAGGCAACAUGAUAUAACCAAGACUACUUAUGCAAAUGGGAAAAGGCCGCCUACCGAAAACUCUAGAGUUGCCGCGGAGGAUCCGAGUGUGCAACUAGCUAGGGCUUCUUUUAACAUGGAAGAAGAGAGCAAUUCGAUGACAGCAGCCAAACUGAAGUUAGUCCGCCAUCUCCGGGAUGAAUUGCCGGACUGUACAUCUCUAAAGGUCAUACGACAACAUCUUCAAAAGAAGCUAAGCGUGAUAGCCAUCGCCAUGAUGCAACCGCCGGAUCCACAGAGAGCUAAGGGCGGUCCGCGUGAAUUCAUGAUGUCGUUUACUAUUACGGACUAUUCAAUCGGACCUUAUUCGGUCGUGGACGUGCAGCUCUAUCGACCACAUAAGGAGACAUUACCUAUUAUCAAAGCCGGCGACGUUGUGCUCCUCCGAAACUUUACGGCCAUCUCAAUCCAUAACAAGGGAUUCGGUCUACGCACAAACGAUGAGUCCAGCUGGGCUGUUUUCGACCAGGAAGGCGAACCACCCCAAAUCAAGGGCCCUCCGGUCGAAUACAAUGGAAGGGAGAUGGCCUAUGUGGCGCAUUUGCGAGCUUGGUUCAACCUACUCGACGACAAAGCGAGAGAAAAGUUGGAAAGGGCCAACAAGAAGAUAAUUGAUGCGGGCAGAUCUAAAUAAGGACGAAGCCCACUGAUGUCUCCAUCGUGGACUAAUGUCUUAAUCAUUUUGCUAGAGUUACCCAUUAUUCAGUUCUAUGUAUGUGCAUUUAAUAGCUUGAGCUAGAUUCACAGGUGUAGCAGGUUUAGGAAGGGAAAAAAAGUGGCGAUGGGUUUAGUCCGGUGCUAUGGGGUAUUAGAGCUAGCAUGCUGAGGCGUUGGUUUUAAUGAUAUGGCUUUUUUAAUGUCAGUAUAUUUGAC